AGCAAAUAAAUAUAUUCUCAUAAUUACCUCCAAAUAAAUGGGCUUUCUGAGCUAUAUAUAUUUAAGCUUCUCUGCAGUUUUGCGCCUCCAAAAUAACUUACCCUAGGGUACUAGUGCACGAUGGGGAGGAGAGAUCGCAGCUGCGGAGGUGGUGGUCUUGGCGGAGGAAUUAAUGGGAGAGUUUUGAGUCAAGCUAUGGAUUCGUGCGGGAAGGAUUUAUCCACGGCGGAGGAAAUCGUCGACGACCUCCGUUCCAGGUACGGUACUUAUGCGAUGCGGACUCGUCAAGUACUUCUCCUCAGCGUCAGACGUGUCCUUAAUGCCCGAAAAAACAACAACAAGCGUACGAAAGACGACAACAAAGGCGAUGAUGGUGGUAAGAUGAAGAAACAGAAACGUGUUGAUGAGAAAGAAGAAGAGAAGUUGCAGCUAGCUGAACAAACAUCACAUCUCAAGAAGAGAAAAACCAAGGACAAGUCAGUUUCUUCUUCUUCUUCCUCGUCUGAUAUCUCUGAGACUUGGGAGGACUUUGAUUUGAUCAGUGACAGCAUAAGAGAUAACUACGCUAAGAUGAAUAAUAGCCCCUCCGCCAAGAAACCAAUUGUCGUGGAGAAGAAUUUCGAAGUUGAGACUGUUUCCAGAAGCAAGAUGACUACAAUGGGUGGGCUGCUGGAAAAUGAAGCUAGAGUUUCUCCUCCUCCUCCUCCCUUGAGUGGAACUAAUAAUAAUAAAGGAGGUCGACCUACUUUUAAAGACUUUGGUGGGAUUAAAAAAGUGUUGGAUCAGUUAGAGUUUGAUAUUCUCUUCCCUCUUUUCAAUCCUCUAGCGUUUGAGACGACUGGAGUUAAGCCGCCACGCGGGUUUCUAUUCCACGGACCACCUGGCUGUGGAAAGACUCGGCUGGCCAAUGCCAUAGCCAACGAAGCUAGUGUUCCCUUUUACCAGAUCUCAGCCACGGAAGUCGUCUCCGGUGUUCCUGGUGAUUCUGAAGAGAACAUCAGAGAGCUCUUCUCUAAAGCACACAGGACCGCGCCUUCUAUCAUCUUUAUCGAUGAGAUUGACGCCAUUGGAUCCAAGAGAGAGAAACAGCAAAGGGAGAUGGAGAAGCGGAUCGUAACACAGCUAUUGACUUGUAUAGAUGGUCCUCAUCAGCAGGGAGAUGAUGAAAAUGGUGGAUACGUUGUUGUCAUUGGAGCUACUAAUAGGCCUGACGCUCUUGAUCCUGCUCUGAGAAGGCCCGGGCGGUUUGACCGUGAGAUUGCUCUAACCGUUCCUGACGAAGACGCCAGGGCUGAGAUACUCUCUGUUGUAUCUAAAAGACUUAGACUCGAAGGCUCCUUCAACAUGAAAGGAAUCGCUCGCUUAACGCCCGGGUUUGUUGGAGCUGAUUUGGAAGGUUUAGCUAACAUGGCUGGCAGUCUUUGCAUCAAGAGAGUUAUGAAUUCAAGAAAAUCGCAACUGUCCGGCUGCCAGGAUGAUGAUGGGUCUUGGCUGAGGCAGCCCUGGUCAGAAGAAGAUUUGCAGAUUCUCUUUGUGAGAAUGUCUGAUUUUGAGGAAGCGGUGAAGUUAGUCAAGGGAUCUUUAACUCGAGAAGGUUUCUCCACCGUGCCUGAUGUCACAUGGGGUGAUGUCGGUGGACUUGACCAUCUACGGAGUGAACUCAACGAUUACAUAGUCAGCCCUAUCAAAAAUCCAGAUAUUUAUAAAAAAAUUGUGGCGAAGCUAGAGACAGGUUUCUUGCUCUAUGGACCGCCGGGCUGCGGAAAGACGUUGGUUGCAAAGGCAGUUGCGAACGAGGCAGGAGCUAAUUUCAUACACAUCAAGGGUCCGGAACUUCUAAAUAAAUACGUUGGUGAAAGCGAGCUUGCUAUGCGGACCUUGUUUCAGCGCGCCCGGACAUUUGAUCAGGUGGAUGCUUUGACAACAAGUCGUGGUAGAGAAGGUGGCUCGGUUAAUGGAGGAGGUCUUUUGAACCAGUUUCUUACUGAACUGGACGGUGGAGAGAGACAUAAUGUAUAUGUAAUCGGAGCUACGAACAGGCUCGAUGUGAUUGAUUCUGCAUUCUUGAGACCGGGUAGGUUUGGGAAUCUUGUGUACGUACCCCUCCCUAACGCGGAUGAGCGUGUUUCAAUCCUAAAAUCUAUUGCAAAGAAGAGACCCAUAGAUCCUAGUGUUGAUCUGGAUGCCAUUGCAAAGAUGAACUGUCAACGUUUCAGCGGAGCUGAUCUCGCUAACCUGAUGGACAAAGCUAUACACGUGGCAGUGAAGGAGAAGUUGGAGUCCAGGGAGUCAUCGUCUGAAGAUGGCAAUAUGGAUUUAAGUGAUUGCACCAUCAAGAUGACUCAUUUCGAGCAAGCCUUGUCCUUAGUCACACCAUCUGUGAGCAAACAGCAAAUAAAACACUACGAGAGACAAAGGAAGCUACAAAAAAAAAGGAGACUACUGAAGAAGCUACAAAAAAAAAUAAGACUAUUGAUGAAGCUACAACUACACCCAAAAAAAAGAAGCUACAAAGAAGCACCGGAAGAAACAACAUGGAUCAAAUCAACGUAGGAGCAUGAACCAAAAAAAAAAGAGUAAACUCUAUUAAGUUAUAAAUGUUCGCAAAAAUCCCGUUUUCCCGAGAGAAAUGCCAUAUGUUUUUCUUUCUUCCAACUUGAGACAUUUGAUCAUACAAUCAUUAAGUUUUGUGUGUUCCAACAAGUGUUGUCAUGAGUUUCCAACAAGUGUUGUUAGAGCAUCUAAAAAAAAAAAAACUAUAUUUCAAAGUUUCCAAAACUCUAUAUUUGAA